UUCAUUCAGAUCCCAUGUUUGCAUAAUACACUUAAGGAUGGACACACGAGGAAUAUAACAGGUGUGCGCAUAUGUUCUGGAAACUGGAAGAUUUGUUGUGAAGGUAGACCAUUAAUUUUCUUUUCUCAAGACACAGUUGGAUGGGUUGUCUGCUUAGGAUAAAUAUAUUUGGUAAAAAAAAUGUUUUUUUAUUGAAACAUUUAACAUAGUUAAUUUAAUCGAAGCCUUUCACCAUGGUGAUUUUAUCGGCGGAGUCACCUCCAAGCUCACCCCCCGGCAAAGCGCUGCAGGUCGGUUUCUAUGAAAUCAUCAGGACGUUAGGCAAAGGAAAUUUUGCAAUUGUCAAACUGGCAUGUCACAAAGUCACAAAAACUCAGGUGGCCAUAAAAAUUAUUGACAAAACUAAACUAGACCCUUCAGACCUGGAGAAGAUAUACAGAGAGGUUCAACUCAUGAAGCUGAUGAACCACCCUCAUAUCAUCAAGCUUUACCAGGUAAUGGAAUCUAAAGACAUGUUGUACAUGGUGAUGGAGUAUGCCAAAAAUGGAGAGAUGUUUGAUUAUCUGUCUUCGUCUGGGCGGUUAAGUGAAGGUGAGGCUCGGAGGAAGUUCUGGCAGAUCCUCACAGCGGUGGAUUACUGCCAUAAGAACCACAUUGUUCACCGUGACCUCAAGGCAGAGAAUCUCCUACUGGACUCCAACCUGGAUAUCAAACUAGCAGACUUUGGUUUUGGGAACUUCUUCAGCGAGGGGGAACCCCUGAGCACGUGGUGUGGAAGUCCCCCGUACGCGGCUCCGGAGGUGUUCGAAGGCAGGGAGUACGAGGGGCCUUCUCUGGACAUCUGGAGUCUGGGGGUGGUGCUGUACGUCCUGGUGUGUGGCGCCCUGCCCUUUGACGCCCCAAGCCUGCACAUGCUCAGACAGAAGGUCACCGAGGGGUGCUUCCGAAUCCCCUUCUUUAUGUCCCAGGACUGUGAGAGCCUGGUGAGGAGGAUGUUGUGUGUGGACCCGUCCAAGCGCAUCACCUUGGCCCAGAUCAAGCAGCACCGCUGGCUGCAGGCAGACCCCACCGCGGCCCCCCAGGCCCUCCACUGGCCCCUAGCCCCGGAGAGGGAGCCCUUCCUAGGGGAGUACAGCGAGUCUGUCCUGGGAGUCAUGCAGACCCUGGGCAUCGACAAGCAGAGAACCGUGGAGUCUCUUCAGAGCAGCAGCUACAACCACUUCUCUGCGAUUUACUGCCUCCUGCUGGAGAAGAUGGAGGAACUGCGCGGCCGGAGGCCGUCCCUGGCCGUGGAGGAGGCGGGCUUCCUCCCAAGCCCCGCCCACGGCAGCCUGCUGCAGACCAGCAUGGACGAGGCCCAGCACAGAGACCCGGAGGAGGAGCUGGAGGAGGACGAGGAGGAGGAAGGUGGAGGCCGUCAGAAGGUCCUCCCCUUGUCUCUAAACCCCUCCCGUAGACACACCCUGGCGGAAGUCCCCGCUAGCAACAAGCGCAUUCCACCCCACUUCUCAGAUGUUCUGGCGGACUCAUCCGGCGAGGGUUCUUUGGAAAGCUGUGAGACGUCCUCCUCCUCGUCCUCCUUGUCCUCCUCGUCCUCCUACAAUGGCUGCUACCCGCCGACAACCUCCAUCAAAGCUCCUGCCGCAUUCUUGCCCCCUGGAGCCCUCAGCCCCACAGAGUCAUCCGGCCCACUGCCCCCUCCCCAGGCCCAGGUGUGGGUCCAGGCCCGGGACAGCCUCCCUCCGCCGAGGUUCCAGGAGGGCCGCAGGGCCUCUGACACCUCCCUCACGCAAGGUCUGAGGGCUUUCCGCCAGCAGCUGAGGGCGGAGGCCCGAGGGAAGGGCCUCUUGGGAUUGAACAGGUUUAAGAGUCCCGGGCGUCAGGUGUGGAUGCCCCCGACCAGUCCCCGGGUGACCCAAGGGCUGCCCCACUGUGCGCCUCUCGGGGAGGAAGCCCUGCUCCAGCACAGCAGAGUCGUCCAGAUCCCGCUGCAUCACUUUCUCCCCGGCGCUUCCCCUCAGCCCCCCGUUCUGUUCCUCCCUCACCCGAACGCCGCCUCUUUCCUCGCCCCUCCGCCUCACCCUCCUCCGCCUCCCUCUUUCGACUCUCCCCACCCACGCCCGCCGUCCUACGUUCUACAGACCCCCGUGCCUUUGGCGGACUUCUCCCGCCAUCCCUCCCCCCCUUUGCCCCCCCAGGCCCGCUUCCAUCCAUGCUCAGAGCAACCCUUGGAUUUAUCCUCUUCCUCCUCCUCUCUGGCCAUGGUGGCGUCCACCGCUCAGCUCUUGAAGACGAGUCUCCACAUCCACCAGGGCCCGCGGGCGGAGGCUCUCACCCAGCAUCCGCUAGCCCAGUCCGAGAGGAGGCCUCGGGCCAGCCUGCAUCCCUACACCUACACCCAGAGUCUCCUGCAGCCCCUGCCUCUUUUCCCCAACGCCUUAGGCAGACUGGAGCCUGCACAUGGCCCAUAGCACUGGGACACUCAGAAACCAUGGGGGCUCUUCCCAGGGAUUAACAAACCAUGAGAUGGCUUCUCUGACCCGAUAGUCCUACUGGUUGACGUUUUCUGUCAGGUUGUUUGAACCAUACCCUUGUGCCUUUUGUACCAUCAUAGUAGCAGAGUUCGCAAACAAAGUAUUACUUUCAGAACUGCUUUUUGGAUACAGUUUUGUAGGUUAUUUUCUAUGUUCGCAGUAUGCUGUUCAAUCAACUGUAUUACUAGUAAAUAACUGUAAUACUUUGUAUUGUACGCAUGUACUGUCAGGAUAUGCAUGUGUUGGAGUUGAAUAUAUUUAUUUAAAUAAAUGAACUAAA